GCGGGCUGCGCCGAACUGUCGUCGUAAAAUCUCAGCUUGUUCAGCAUCGCCACAACACUGUUUUGCAGAAAAGGGGAUUUUGACGUCUGAUUUGGAACACAUUAACAGGUACGCUGGAAUUUUCGGACACCCACUCGGACAUGUCCUAUGUCUUCAUCAAUGACUCGUGGCAGACCUCCGUUCCCCUGCUCCAGGCCUGCAUCGACGGGGACCUGCUUUUCGCCAAGCGGCUCCUGGAGACGGGCUGUGACCCCAACAUACGGGACAACCGAGGACGAACCGGCCUGCACCUAGCGGCCGCCAGGGGGAACGUGGACAUCUGUUGUUUUCUCCAUAAGUUUGGGGCGGACCUCCUGGCUACAGACUACCAGGGAAACACGGCGCUACACCUCUGUGGACACGUGGAUACCAUCCAGUUCCUGGUGUCCAACGGUCUCAAGAUAGACAUCUGUAACAACAACGGGUCCACUCCUCUGGUGCUGGCCAAGAGGCGCGGGGUGAACAAGGACGCUAUCCGCCUGCUGGAGGGCCUGGAGGAACAGGAGCUGAAAGGAUUCAACAGGGGAGCCCACUCCAAACUGGAGACCAUGCAGAUGGCUGAGAGCGAGAGUGCAAUGGAGAGCCACUCCCUGCUGAACCCCGACCUCCAGAACAGGGAGGGAGUCCUGUCCAGCUUCAGGACCACCUGGCAGGAGUUUGUGGAGGACCUGGGCUUCUGGAGGGUGCUGCUACUGCUGGUGGUCAUCGCCUUGCUCUCUCUGGGCAUCGCUUACUACGUCAGCGGGGUGCUGCCCUUCUCCGCCAGCCAGCUGGAGCUGGUACACUGAGGGAGGGGUGGAUGGACAGAGGGUGAAAGUUGGCUUGGGCUACAUUCUGGUUAUCCACCCUUGUCUAGAAGUGUGCACUUGCACACUCCCCUUUUUAUGGAUUAAAAGCAUAGGAGUGGUGUAAGUGUUGGCUAGAUUCAACCUUUGUGAAAUCCAUACGAGAAAGUGUGCAAGUGCACACUUCGGGAGAAGGGCGGAGAAUCUGGACUCAGCCAUGGAUGCAGCUGCAGUCUUCAUUUCCUGCACUUAUGUAUGUGUGUUAUAUGUUAUUUUUUUUGAACAUUUUCUCACUAUGGCCAGUUAUGCAUGAGAAUGCACAUCACUUCAUGUGUCAUUCAUUCGUUUGACUAAAUUGACCAAAUAUCGACCAGUGACGUGACCAUCUUCUUCUUUCAGGAAUACUGACAGCUUUUAAAGCAUAACCGUCAAAAAACGAAAAUAUUCAGUACCAGUCAAAAGAUUGGAAACACCUACUCAUUCAAGAGUUUAUAUUUUUUUUAUUCAAGAGUGUUCAAAGCUGUCAAAGCAAAGGGUGGCUGCUUUGAAGAAUCUCAAAUAUAAAAUAUAUUUUGAUUUGUUUAACACUUUUUUGGUUACCAUAUGAUUCCAUAUGUGUUAUUUCAUAGUUUGUCUUCACUAUUAUUCUACAAUGUAGAAAAUAGUAAAAGAAAAUAAAAAAAUUGGAAUGAGUAGGUGUGUUUAACCUUUUGACUGAUACUGUACAUUUCUUACAUGCAGUUUCAUAACUUUUCAUGUCCAAUUUAGUUGACAGUAUUCAGCUCUAUAUGAAGAAACUGUUGCAUUAUGGACCUUUUUGCUAAUGUUGCCACAAUAUGUAUUUUUCUGUGUUGUGUGGAGUAACAAGCUGUAGAUUGCUAUAGUUUUUUUUUGUGUGUGAAAUUAUUUACUUGUAUUUUGUUUCUUCUCUUUCUGUUUAUUGUUUUGAAAAGGCCCCAUUUGUUAAAUGAUUUACCCUACAGGGUCAAAUCCUCAUGCAAAGUCAAUAUUUUUGUUUUAUUUCCAUUCUUACCAUUUUAAGUCAAGUCCGUUUCUCCCACACUAGUAGAAAAUGUCCCUAAUAAUGAAUCAGGCUUUAACUGUUGUGUGGAAUCUUACAAGGAACAAAAAUCUAACAGUGUGUAGAGUUAUCCUGGGUGUCAGUCUGUUUCUGAUCUCUUACCAACUCCUGAAUGGAACUGUCAUGUCACGUCUUCAUAAUGAGAACACAAACUGUUCUGGGAUCAGGCUAGUGUAGAGUUGCAUGGGAAUGUAAUGCAUAUAAAAGGGAUGUGUCAUGUUUCCCUCUUCCAUCACCAAGUCAAGUACAAUAUGAACUACUGAGUAUUACCUUUUAUAGUGUGUCUUUGAACUAAACAUAAAUGUUUGCUGUAUUUUAUUUAGCAUUUCCUCUUUGUAGUUUACGUCAUGCAGCAUAGUUACAUUUAACAUUUAUGAAUAGUUAUUUCUAAUAUUAUGUUUUUUUUUUUUGCUAUGUCAAUCAUAGCAUCCAUCAUCACAUAUUGUAAACCAUAUAGUUUAACAAUUGAUUCAGUCGUUUUGUGUCUGUAUCUUGUGGAAUAACAUUUGAGGUAUGUAUCCAUCAUUUGAUGUGGAAAAUGAAUUGAUCAUGUACAAAAUACAUACUGAACUACCAAAA